AUGAUCACUGGACGACAAGAGAUUCUUGAUCAUCGAAACGUUAAUCAUUUCACUGAUUUGAUAAGAAAUAUGUUGUUGAAUAUCAACCCUGAAGACAAUGAUUCUCCCCAUUCAUAUUUACCUUCAGCAGUCAGACUGCAAGAAUCAGGAGUGAAGUUUACAGCUCUUAAAGAAGAGCGUUUACUCGAUAUAAAACGAAGACAGAGAAAUUUUAAAAUCCCAAUUCCAUACUUUAGUGGAAUUGAGUUAAAAAUUCCCGUUUUGCAAGUAGUUGACAACACGGAAACUGUGAUACGGAAUGUGAUGGCAUUUGAACAAUGUCAUUAUCCAUUCAAAACUCACGUUUGUAACUAUAUCAUUUUCAUGGAUUCUCUUAUCGACACGGAGAAGGAUGUAGAUUUGCUUAUUGAAGAAAGAAUUAUUUCAAAUUUGAUGGGCGACAGUGCUACAAUCGCACGGAUGUUUAACAGACUUUGCCUUAACGUUAAUUUAAGUCCGUCCUGUUAUAGUGGCAUUAUCAGGGAUCUAAAAGACCAUUAUGAAGAUGGCUGGAACCGUGCAAGGGCAACCUUGAAAAGAGUUUAUUUCAGCAAUCCAUGGAAAGGCACAGGAACUAUUGCUGGAAUUACACUGCUACUGCUAACUUUAAUACAAACCAUUUGUUCCAUGAAGCAAGUUGUGUGA